UACUGCUUUACACAGAGAGGUGGAGUGAAGAAUAGUGCUGGGAUUACUCGUUGCCCCUGCAAUGUUGGGUAAUUUCUGAUUUGCCACACCCAUUUCGGAAGAAUAAAGUCCUUCUGCAUGUGCCUACAAGUCGCACAGCUCAGGAGAUCCUGUUCACAGCGCAAAAAAAAUAUGACUUUCUAUGUGUGGAUUUUACUUUUUGGAGCGCUCGUGCUCACCAAAGCGCAGGAUUUGGACCUUUCAGAUGCCUUAGGAGACCCUGAUCCUACACCUAAACCAGCGGAAAAACCACCCAAGCCAGGAGGAAAUGACCUUGACCUUUCAGAUGCUCUCCAUCCAGAGGCGGAAAAACCUAAAGAUAAAGAUCCUAAGCAACCUGCAGUCCCAGCACAGGGCGGAGGUGACUUAAGUGAUUCAGAUCUUUUAGAUGUUGGUGAAGAUGGAUACAAACCUGAUCCUAAUCGAGGGGGUCGGGCUGGAGAUAAUACCGACAACAUCUCAGAUACUCAGGAUGACCAACCUAACGAACUAUACCAGCAGUGGCUGAAGCUCCUGAUGGUGCUAGGAGAUAACAUGCCAGAGGGCCUCCAUGCCUGGAUUGCCAACUCUAAACAAGUUGUAGUGUCCCUUCUAGAAAAGCUGCUGGAGCUCCUGGACUUAGCCGAAGCAGAGAAGCAGUCUUGAUGAUCCAGUGCACAGCGAUUCUCUUUGACUGGUUUCAUUUAAACGCGAGAGGCAUGUUUGAACAGGUUACUGGAGGUGGUUUGGUGGUGUGAAUGUUGUUGGGAUUCCUGUUAAUAUUAAGCUUUGUUUGGAGUUGUUCAAUCUUUACGUUGGGAUAUUGGAUUUGUUCUCAUUGUUUUUUUUUUUUUUCUUGAACCCUGACCUAUGAUAAGCUGUUAGAUCCGAAGCUGUACAUUUAUCUGAAGUAUGGGCCACUUUCCAACCAUCCCUUGCUUCCUUUCAUUCUUUUUAACUAUUUUUAAUUACUGUAUUUCCUUCCUGCACAUUUUCAACCCUUGUUUUUUUUUCCACUGUCAGAACUAUUACUUAUUUAUUGAAUGUACUGAAUCUCUGCUCACAGUCCAGUAGUGGUGGUUUUGUAAUAUAUUUGGCUCUAGUUUCAAACCAAACCUGCUCCUCCUCUGAUGUCUCGUAUGAAGUCGUCCCCCGGAGCUAUUAAUAGUACAUUCCAAAACCCUCCAAAACUUUCAGCGACUUAUCUGCCAGUUCUCCUAAAACUCAACACUUUAAAGCUCACAUGUACUUUGUUCUCAUUUCACCCGUUCAGAAUUUAAAACAUUACUUAACAUGGUCAGAUUAUUUUUGAAUCAUUCGACAAGAGAUUUUCCAGUAUUAAAUAAAAAUACCAAAACCGUCUUUUAAAAUUCCAGUAGUUUGAAUUGUGUACAUUGACUGAAUUUCUAGAAUAUAGGGUGCUAGUAAAUGAUAACUAAUAAGAUUAUCUAGGACUGACCCGAACAGCAUUUAACAGGCUUUGAAUGAUGUUGGUGUUUCCAGAGGGGUAACUAAUCACUCAUUCUCAAAACCACCCCUUCAUGAACCACAAGCAUGUUCAGUCCAACAAUUCAAAAUAGAUCUGGCAGGCGGUAAAGAUGUAUUAAUUACACAACAGAACUGAAAUCAGCCAUGCAUAUAAGUUAGUCUUGCGAUUUUAUUUAUUUAUUUAUUAUUAUUAUACAAACAGAAAGUCAAUGAAUCAAAACAAAUAAUUAGACAGUAAGACAAAUCCAUAUCAACAACACCCUGUUUACUUUCAAUAACAAUACAAUAACUUCACAAUUUCUUUGUUUUCUGUUCCACCCAUCAAUAGCUUUUUUAAGCAAUGAUUUCCUGUUAUUUUGUCCAAAAUAUUGUUUUGUAUUGGAUAGACUAUGAUCCAGGGAUACAUAUUGACUUGUCACAUUGACUUGUAACAUUGUAUAUGAUCAAUAGUUCAAUAAGACAAUAAAUUAGGACAUGAUUUUGGUCACAUGACUCUUCCCAGAAGUUAUCUGCAUUUGGUGAAUCCCAAGGUGGGGAAACCUUAUUUCAUUGUCUAUGUGGUACGUUGUAUAGGGCGUUAGAGGGUAAAGACAAUGCUUCCGAAAAUUAAAUAGAGAAACGAAUACCAGCGUAGUGAAAGAAUACUUAGGUAUUUAAAUGAUUCCAGAUAGGCCUACAAUUUUCAUAAUAAUCCAAGUUAUUGCAAAGAGAUGCUAAGUUUUCCAGUAACUCAACAGUAGGGUUGUCACGAUACCAUAAACAUAUCUUACGAUACUAUACCAGCUGAAGUAUCGCGAUACCACACGUUGUGUUAAUUCAUUAUUCUAUGUAAAUCUACAAGAUGAAUCAAAUGUACAGAAAUACGUAGAUAUAAAUGGAAACAGACUAAACGAAUUUUCCUCUGAAUACUUUAUUAAUGAGAAUGAAUAACUAGCUGUUGGAAAAACUCAAGAACAAUCAUUCAGUUGGGAAGCAACUAUUUCAAUAUUCUGCAAAAGCAGUGAGAUGUGUCGUUUUAGCAAAAAUAGUAUUAACUGCCACACAUACAACAGUACUUAUGGUACUAAGUGCAGCAGCAUGCCUCGUCUUCAACCAACCCAAGAGAACCCAUGUCACGCCCCUCUUCAUCCCUCUCCACUGGCUUCCUGUAGACGCCCGCGUCAAAUUCAAGGCCUUGAUGUUCACGUACAAGACCUUGUCUGGAAGAGCACCCUCCUACCUCAACACUCUCCUGAAGGCUUACGUUCCCUCGCGCAAUCUGCGAUCGAUUAACGACCGACGCUUAGUAGUACCUACUCAGCGUGGCUCAAGAUCCCUUUCCAGAACCUUCACGCUAACUGUUCCUCAGUGGUGGAAUGAACUUCCAACCUCAAUCCGGGCCGCGGAAUCUCUCACCAUCUUCAAAAAACAGCUAAAGACCCACCUCUCCCGUGAACACCUAACCAACCCCUAAAACGCCAACCGCACAUUAUCUUAAAAAAAACAAAACGUACUCUGUACUCUUACACCUCGACUCUGUGCACUUUGCUUUUCUAGAACUCAAUUAAAGAUCUUGUACGGUAGCGCUACUUGUAUUGUUCUCCGCUUGAUAUAUCGCUUUGCUUGUAUUUCCUCAUUUGUAAGUCGCUUUGGAUAAAAGCGUCCGCUAAAUGAAUAAAAUGUCAUGUAAAUGGUACUACUGUGUUGAUGAUACUGCCGUUUAAAAAAUACAGCGGCAUCGGUGGUAUUUUGAAGCUUUAAUAUCGCGAUACUACCGUAGUUCCGGUAUACUGUGCAACCCUAAUGAACAGAGCAUGUGCUAGAAUGAUAGCAAGUCAGGUCCAUGUUGAAAAAUAAUAAAACUGUUUAGCUCAUCAUUUUCUGCCCUUUUUCUUCCUUACUUGCUCACUUUUUUUUUAAAACACUUAUGUUUUGGUUGUAAACAACUUGCCACCUAGCUCUUUAGUUAAAAAAAAAACAGAGAGCGAUCGAUUCUUGUUUUGCCGUCCAGUCCUUUUGAUAUUGCCGUUGUUUUGUCUCCUUGUCAUCUUGUUAGUGUUUCUCUCUCCCUCUUUAGUCGAAACUGUUGAUGUCUGAUUUGUGUUUGUACUGAACUUGUCUCUGAUAGUGAGACACAAUAUUAAUUAAGAGGCUUCUGUCAGGUUUAGUCUCUUUAUUCCUUGAAACAUGUUGUCAUAACAUGCUGACCUUCACUGUUACUGACAUUUCAGUAGGCCUGAGAGAGCAUGAGUCACAACACAUACCACACAUAGCAUGUGUUCAUUAGUCAGGAGAACAGCGGAACUCAGACGUGCAUUGUUCACUGAGAUGUGAAGACACGAGAGAUGAUAUCUGCACUGCACGUGUUCCUUACUUUAUCCAAUGAGAUGGGAGUUCGCUUUGAAUGAACGGGGUUGUAAUUAUUAUUUUUUUUUUACUGUAGAUGUAGAUUUCUGUGGUUUUUUUUGUUGUUGUUGUUGUUUUUUUUUUUUUGGGGACUGAAUGGACAAUCCUGUUACAACAUUAUUUUGUUUUAUUACUGUUCAUUCAUGGUUUUCCUUUUUCCCCCCCUUCCUGUGUAAAACUGUCCCUGGCUCGGUGUUUCUUUAAAUAAACCUUAUAUGAAAGGCGAAA